CCGAGUGGGAGGGCGGAGCUGCCGGCGGCCCGGGCGGGCUGGCAGCUAGAGUGGGUGCGAGAGCCGCCUCCACCGCCGCCGCUGCCACCGCCUCCUCCGCCCGGGCCGUUCGCUGCUGAGCGGGGAGAGCGAGGCGGGGCCGCCGGGGCCGCCAUGGAGCCCGACUCGGUGAUUGAGGACAAGACCAUCGAGCUCAUGUUACCGAAGUGCAUGUUUGGGAUUUUGUUGAAGAAAGCUGGAUACAGUAAACGGAGAGUCUUGGAAGACGCUUGACCGCUGUCUUUUCUCAGACUAGUCUGAAAGGGGAUGCCCCAUUCAGUCAGUGGUGGAUCUGAAGUGCAGAGUACUUCCAGAACACUUCAGUUAUGGAAGAUCACAAUGAAGAUGAGUCCCCAAAGAAAAGUGCUCUUUGGCAGAUAAGUAACGGAACGUCAUCUGUGAUUGUCUCCAGAAAGAGGCCGUCAGAGGGGAACUACCAGAAAGAAAAGGACUUGUGCAUUAAGUACUUUGACCAGUGGUCUGAAUCAGAUCAGGUGGAAUUUGUGGAGCAUCUUAUCUCACGAAUGUGUCAUUAUCAGCAUGGACAUAUUAACUCUUACCUGAAGCCCAUGUUGCAGCGGGACUUUAUCACCGCCUUACCAGAGCAAGGCUUAGAUCACAUAGCAGAAAACAUUCUUUCCUACCUGGAUGCCAGGUCUCUGUGUGCAGCAGAGCUGGUGUGUAAAGAAUGGCAGCGAGUGAUCUCAGAAGGCAUGCUUUGGAAGAAGCUGAUUGAGAGGAUGGUGCGCACUGACCCUCUCUGGAAGGGCCUCUCAGAGAGAAGAGGGUGGGAUCAGUACCUGUUUAAAAACAGACCUACAGAUGGCCCUCCCAAUUCAUUUUAUAGAUCACUAUACCCAAAGAUUAUCCAGGACAUAGAGACCAUAGAAUCGAAUUGGCGGUGUGGACGACACAACUUGCAGAGGAUCCAGUGCCGCUCGGAAAAUAGUAAAGGUGUCUACUGUCUGCAGUACGAUGACGACAAGAUUAUCAGUGGCCUCCGGGACAACUCCAUCAAGAUCUGGGAUAAAACCAGCCUGGAAUGUUUGAAAGUGCUAACAGGACACACGGGCUCUGUCCUCUGCCUCCAGUAUGACGAGCGAGUCAUUGUAACUGGUUCUUCAGAUUCGACAGUGAGAGUCUGGGAUGUGAACACGGGUGAAGUGCUCAACACUCUGAUCCAUCACAAUGAAGCUGUACUGCACUUACGCUUCAGCAACGGACUGAUGGUGACUUGUUCCAAGGACCGGUCCAUUGCCGUGUGGGACAUGGCCUCGGCCACGGAUAUCACCUUACGCCGUGUCCUGGUUGGCCACCGUGCUGCUGUCAAUGUAGUAGACUUUGAUGAUAAGUACAUUGUGUCUGCCUCUGGAGACAGGACCAUUAAAGUGUGGAGCACGAGCACUUGUGAGUUUGUCCGCACUCUGAAUGGGCAUAAGCGAGGCAUCGCCUGUCUACAGUACCGGGACCGGCUGGUUGUCAGUGGAUCGUCAGAUAACACCAUCCGGCUAUGGGAUAUUGAGUGCGGUGCCUGUCUAAGAGUCCUGGAGGGGCACGAAGAAUUGGUCCGAUGCAUCCGUUUUGAUAACAAGAGGAUUGUCAGUGGCGCCUAUGAUGGGAAGAUUAAAGUCUGGGACUUGCAAGCUGCUCUUGACCCUCGGGCCCCAGCAAGCACAUUGUGUCUGCGCACCUUGGUGGAACACUCUGGACGCGUGUUUCGGCUACAGUUUGAUGAGUUUCAGAUCAUCAGCAGUUCCCACGAUGACACUAUUUUGAUUUGGGAUUUCUUAAACGUGCCUCCCAGUGCCCAGAAUGAGACACGCUCUCCCUCCAGAACCUACACCUAUAUCUCCAGAUAGCGGUCUGCACUUUGGCCCAAUCUGGGUUUCCUGGUCUUGAACUACUGGCUACAUGGCUACCACAUGCCUAAGGGAGUUCGUUCACAGCUGAGUUCUGGGGCUGGAAUUGGUUCUAGAUGCUGGGUAGACACAAAGCAGCCCCACUCUUCAAGCCCCACCAUUUCCCAGGCCACCCCGGCUCUGCUUGGAGAAGGACAGCUUAGCUUACCGACUGCAAGCAGAGCAGCAGCUCCCGCCCUCCCUUCAGUGAAGAACCAACGCUUCCUUCCGACGCCCAUGCUCACGGAAGGACACGUGGCCUCUUCUUCAGAAGCAAAGCGACCGACCGUGGGAGAAGACUUGUCUCUCAUUUACAUCGCUUUGAACCUUGGUUUGGUACUAAAAACAGCAUUGCAUUCUUGGUGAAGUGUUGGGGGUUCAGGGCUCCUCUCCAGCAGCAGCAGCAGCAGCAGCAGCAGCAGCAGCAGCAGCAGCAGCAGCAGCAGCAGCAGCAGCAGCAGCUUCUCCUUAGACCUUCAGGUCACUGUCAUUCUGAUGUGCAUAGGAAUGUGUCGGACAAUGGACAGCUGGAUUAUUUUAGUAUUUUUGGAUUACACUUCCUUUCUGUACCAGUUUCUUUUAAUUUAAAGAAUAAGUGAGUUAUAUUACCUCUCCACAGGUGAUAUAGCUAUUUUCUUUUAUUAACUGUUCUCUGUUCCCUCUUCAUUUCCUGAUAUUUGGUAGAGUAACACCUUUAUCCACGUGCUUGCCUCCUAAUUUAAAAUACUGUACCCGCAUGUAGAUAUAAUGUACAUAACACUUGAAGCUCAAGGUUGCCGACGGGCCCCGCACGGGAGACACUGCUAUGGAGUGUGUCGCUCAGCCGCAGUGGGCCCGAGAGCCUGACUCCAGGGUUGCUGUGAUUCCUAGAACCUUCCUGCAGUAUUCCUUUGCGUUUUAUUUGUCACUGUCCUGUGUGUGCUGUGUUCAGAUGGAACUUCAGAAGUUUAUCAGGAUGUUUGUUUGUUUGUUUGUGGCUUCUGCAGUGGACAGGCAUCUUCGCAGUCUCCAUGUCACUGUUCUGCUCCUCAUGAGCACCCCUCCUGAGAGCUAGUGAUCACCUCAUCACGGGGUCAUUGGCUUCUCUGUCCGAUGUCCUGCUGUGGCAGGGAGACAGGGAGAAGGCAGCCCCGUUGACGGGGCUCCUGCCUCUGGGCCCCUGCACUCUGCCUGCCAGGGGGUUGGAGGCUGCUAAGUCAGAACCUGCGGAGCAGGUCAGCUGUUCCUGUGUGGAGCACAGCCUCAGGCCCGUCAGCUCUGGUGUGACUCAUCACCUCAGUUCUCAAAGCUCCCGGGUGUGAGAGGCACAGACAGGACAUUGGUCAACAUUUCCCUCUUUCAAGAUUAGGUUUUGAUUUGCCCCUCACCAUUGUUUCCAAAGAUCAAGGAAUGUCAGUAAGUAACCGUUAAAGGACCAACCAGCCCCUCCCUGGGAGUGGAGCCUCUUCCCAUGGAAGCACACUGUAGGAGAGAGAAGAGGCCUCUGGGCUCCUCUGGGCUCCUCUGGGCUCCUCUGGGCUCCUCUGGGCUCCGCUGGGCUCCGCUCGCUGGCUCGCUCGUCCUGGCAUUGUGAAUGCUGUGGGAUCAGUGUGUGUGGUGAUUGCUUUCCUGGGUUGACGUUGCUUUUUCCUUGUUGGUUCUUUUCUUUCUUUGUUCUCUCUCUCUCUCUCUCCCUCUUCUUUUGGAGACAUUGUUCUCACAUGCUUCUACAUUUGUUUCUGAGAGGUGGGGGCUCAAAUGUAUAGAAAGUAGGCCCCUGUCUAUAAGAGGGGUGUGAACACACCACCUCACAGCUCAUCACCCCUUGACAGGAACGCCCAGGGGAGGCAGGGAGGGGGGACGUGAAUUCUGAACAAUCGGACUUUCUCUUGUUUUUGCAUGUUAAAUAUAGAAGUUCCUGUCCAUCCUUGGGAGAUCAGGGCCUUCACAUAUGCACACGACCUUUGAAUUGUGCCUACUAAAUUACAGCAGGGGACUUGGGUACCCAAGGAAUUCCAGUUUCUGGGAUUACGGCAGUAAUUCCUAGUUGUACUCUGGACUUUAUUUUGCUAACCGUAAUCAAGCAACUGUAAAUUACUGCUAUAUUAAUGUUAAAGCACUGGGGUAGUCUAAUUCUAACGGUAAUUAAUUAUGUUUGCCAAUUAUCUGUUUGAAAUAAAUAUGUGUCUGAACAGCUAUUGAAACUGUUAAAUUGUACAGAUAUUAUCAUGACGGCUUUGUACUGUGGAAUGUGCUUAAUAAAAAAGUUUGACCUUUGUCCAAUAAAUUGCUAAGUAAUGUCAGUAAAUCAAGAUGAGUAUUAUGCAGUACACCUGACCUGGCUUCAUGGCGAUUGUUACUUCAGCUACUAAUUCAAAGCCAAUACUCUCAAUAAAGUGUUGCAGUAUUCCGC